AUGAUCACACCUGCGAAUUCGUCCCGAGCUGCCAGAGCUCUGGCGUUCGGUCGCCGGACGCCAUCACAAAGAAAAUCAUCCUCUCGUCUUCUCUCCUCAACCGCACAUCGUUAUGCCGACGAAACACUGAACAAAGUCUCCUCUAAGAUCACACAGCCCAAGUCCCAGGGUGCAUCUCAAGCGAUGCUUUACGCGACCGGUCUGACUGAGAAAGAUAUGUCCAAGGCACAGGUUGGAAUCUCAUCAGUGUGGUUUGAAGGAAACCCCUGUAAUAUGCACUUGAUGGAUUUGUCGUCGCUGGUCCGUGACUCGGUAGCCAAAGCCGGCCUGGUCCCCAUGCGCUUCAACUCCAUUGGCGCCUCUGAUGGCAUUAGUAUGGGCACAUCUGGCAUGCGUUUCAGUUUACAGAGCCGAGAGAUCAUUGCCGAUGGAAUUGAAACGGUCAUGAACGCCCAGUGGUACGAUGCUAACAUCUCGCUGCCUGGCUGCGAUAAGAACAUGCCAGGUGUGUUAAUGGCUAUGGGCCGGGUUAAUCGCCCGAGUAUCAUGGUGUAUGGUGGUAGUAUCAAGCCCGGCUGCAGUGCGGGGGGUAAGCCACUUGACUUGGUCAGCGCCUUUCAGUCGUAUGGUCAGUAUCUCACUGGUGAGAUCGACGAAAAGGAACGAUUCGAUAUCAUCAGACACGCUUGCCCCGGUGCUGGUGCUUGUGGGGGGAUGUAUACUGCUAAUACUCUGGCAACGGCCAUCGAGACCCUCGGUAUGACUGUCCCUGGAAGCAGCAGCACGCCGGCAGAGGAUCCACGUAAGCGGGCAGAGUGUGAGGAUAUUGGCCAGACAGUGAAGAAUCUGCUGAAGGAGGAUAUUCGGCCCAAGGACGUCAUGACGCGGCAGGCAUUUGAGAAUGCCAUGAUUGUCGUAAAUAUUCUUGGAGGCAGCACCAAUGCGGUACUGCACUUGAUCGCCAUCGCUGAUUCCGUCGGGAUCAAGUUGACCAUCGAUGACUUCCAGGCCGUGUCAGACAAGACACCUUUCUUGGCCGACCUGAAGCCUUCCGGCAAGUAUGUCAUGCAUGACCUGUACAAGGUCGGGGGCACGCCCGCACUGCUGAAGUUCCUGCUCAAGGAAGGUCUUAUCGACGGCUCUGGAAUCACCGUCACUGGCAAAACCAUGAAAGAGAAUGUAGCCUCAUGGCCCGAGUUCUCACCUGACCAGCCUAUCAUCCGCCCCCUAAGCAAUCCCAUCAAGCCAACCGGCCACUUGCAGAUCCUCCGUGGGUCAUUGGCCCCUGGCGGCUCGGUUGGCAAGAUCACCGGCAAAGAAGGUCUUAGAUUUGAAGGUAUCGCCAAAUGCUACGACUAUGAGGAUGCUUUCAUCGAGGCUCUUGAGCGAGGUGAGAUCAAAAAGGGCGAGAAAACCGUCGUCAUUAUUCGAUACGAAGGACCCAAGGGUGGUCCCGGUAUGCCUGAGAUGCUCAAGCCCAGCUCAGCUAUCAUGGGUGCCGGAUUAGGUCAGGACGUUGCGCUCCUCACUGAUGGGAGAUUCUCUGGAGGUAGUCAUGGCUUCUUGAUCGGGCAUGUUGUGCCUGAGGCUAUGGAGGGCGGGCCCAUCGCCCUGGUGAAGGAUGGCGAUCGGAUCGUGAUUGAUGCGGAGCAAAGAGUGGUUGAUCUGCUGAUUGCCCCGGAAGAGAUGGAAAAGAGAAGAGUUUCUUGGACGGCACCGGCGCCACGGGCGAAGAAGGGGACAUUAAGCAAGUAUGCGAAGCUGGUGAGCGACGCGAGUCAUGGGUGCGUGACGGAUGGGCCAAUCUAG